AUUCGAGUACCCACUAUCCAUCCAUGUACAUAUAGGAUGAGACCGACUGUCCAUCUACUGGCUCGGCCUUCCAAGUUGAAAAAGCCCGCCUUCAUUCAAAGACAGCGAGUCUUGGGUUUAUACCGCGAGAUCAUCAGAGCGUUACACAAAAUCCCCUCGUCGCCUACUCGAGUCGAACUCCACGAUUACGCCCGGAGGGAAUUCGAGAGACAUCGCGCCGUGACUGAUUUGCAACAUAUUCGUUAUUUAAUCUCGACAGGAAAAGCGGAAUUCGAUACGAUGAGACGAUACAUCGAUGAGCAGAUGGUUUGACUGCGUAGAGAGAAGACUUUUUUUUUUUCAUCACUAAUACUAC